GCAUUCAUUUAAAAAUGCCAGAACAUUGAGUUUCGUUUUCCUACCUUAAAUAAAUCCCCGUAAAGUUGUCAUGAAACAUUUUUAACUAUAGAGACCAAACCCGUUUUUUGUACCAGGCUGUAUGUUUAUUUCUGACGAGAAAUUGGGAUUUUUUUUUUGACAUAGGGGUCAACGGGCAUUGACCAGGAUUGACUCCCCUCAAGUGGCCAUUCGAGAAACUGCAGUUCAUCCCCGGAGCUGUCGCUUCAAUAACAUAAUUACAGCAUCUUACUGAUAUAUCACAAAUUACGGCUACUAAUAAUGUACCUGACACAAGCUAUUGUUAGCCUUAAUGUAGUAUCAGGAGAGGUACUUAACUUUACGUUAUCUUAAGGGUUAACGCCAAGAUUGUUGCGGCGCAGAGACAUGGAUACAUUAAGAGAAAGCAGACGCAUCUCUCAAGCGGAAUGCGGUAUUAUCUGUGGAAGGAGUAUAUGUGGGGCGCUAGGACCCUGAAGACCAGUAGGAGGCUAUUGAUAGCAUUAUGCUAGCAGAUGCUAGUGUUAUCACAAGGAUUCAUGAACUACCUUUUACAUUUUAUUUUAAUAAUUGAAUUGAGUGUGUCUCUUUCCUCUGACUUAGUCAUGUCUCAACUGGAGAAGAAGGCAGGGCUGCUGAGGAGGACCUCAUCCUCUAAGAAACCCUUGAAAGAGAAGGUGGUGCUGAUGUAUGAUGAGAUUUUUGCUGUGAGUAUCACUAUGAAAAGUAAAGAAGACCCAGCUAAAAACAACCCUCGCUUCUGGGACGAGCUGUUUCUUAUGAAGGUAAAUCUAGAGUACCUGGAGUCAAAGUUGGAAAGUGUAGAUGGGGAGGAAGUUCAGCGGAUCCAGGACAACAUCAACUCUCUGUUCCACCACUGUGUUCAGGCUCUGGGAGAGGAGCACCAGAUCAAAGUAGUCAAUGCCUUGCAGACACUCUGUGCACUUUUCCGGGGGGUUCACCAGAAGAACAAGUCCACGUCUGGCUUUGACAUAAUCAACAUGCUCAUGGGCUUUGACAAGGCUGAGCAAAGGAUGAAGGACCUGAUGGAGAGACUGGACAGCCUUCUUUGUGGAGAUGGCUCAGAGAGUCUGAAGAGUCUUUGUCUCAAACUGCUGCUGUGUCUGGUGACGGUAACGGACAAUAUUAGUCAGAAUACCAUACUGGAAUAUGUGAUGAUCAACAGCAUUUUUGAAGCCAUUCUACAGAUCCUGUCAGAUGUGUCCAGUAGAGGGCAGCAUGGUUAUGAUGCUGUGGUCCUUCUGGCCCUGCUGGUCAACUACAGGAAAUAUGAGUCUGUGAACCCAUACAUUGUGAAGCUCUCCAUUGUGGAUGAUGAGCCAACACUAGAUGGAAUGGGUAUGGUUGUCCACCAAGCUCUGACAGAAUAUAACAGGCAGUACAAAGACAAAGAGGAAGAGCACCAGGGUGGGUUCUUCUCUACCCUCACUAGUAUGGUGGGCAGCAUGUUUAUAGCUGACGCUGAUGAGAAACUCUCUGUACAGACCAAUGAGGCGAUUCUGCUGGCACUCUAUGAGGCUGUGCACCUUAACCGCAACUUCAUCACUGUAUUAGCCCAGAGCCACCCUGAGAUGGACAUCCCAACCACACCCGCCACCCCUACUCCAACCACACCUACAACACCACUUGGCACUACGCCGCCCUCCUUAGACAUGAUGAACAACCCAGAGCUGCCCCUGGAUCCCAACCUGCAAACCAGCAACCUUCUCAUCACCUUCCUCAAGUACGCCUCCAUUGUAAUGCAGGAUACUAAAGAUGAGCAUCGCCUCAACAGUGCCAGACUGUGCCUAAUCAUCCUCACCUGCAUAGCCGAGGACCAGUACGCUGAUGCCUUUCUUCAUGAUGACAAUAUGAACUUCAGAGUCAAUCUCCACAGAAUGCCCAUGAGGCAUAGAAAAAAAGCGGUGGACAAGAACAUCCCCUCACGGCCGCUGGUGUGUGCUGUUUUAGAUCUGAUGGUGGAGUUUAUUGUCACUCAUAUGAUGAAGGAUUUCCCCAUGGAUUUAUACUUGCGCUGUGUGCAGAUUAUCCACAAACUCCUGUGCUACCAGAAGAAGUGCAGAAUAAGGUUACACUACACGUGGAGAGAGCUCUGGUCAGCUCUCAUCAACCUGCUCAAGUUCCUGCUGUCAAAUGAGACUACACUGCUGGCCAAGCACAACAUCUUUCAUCUGGCCUUACUGGUAGUAAACCUGUUCAACAUGUUCAUAACAUACGGUGACACGUUCCUGCCCACCUCCAACAGCUACGAUGAGCUGUACUAUGAAAUUGUACGAAUGCACCAGGUCUUUGACAACCUCUACUGUAUGGUUUUGAGAGUAUCAACCAACACAGGCCAGUGGAAGGAGGCAGCCAGCAAAGUCACGCAUGCCCUUAUCAAUGUUCGGGCCAUUGUCAACCAUUUUAACCCCAAGAUUGAGUCGUACGCUGCUGUGAACCACAUCUCCCAGCUGUCAGAAGAACAGGUGUUGGAGGUGGUUCGGUCCAACUAUGACACACUGACACUCAAACUGCAGGAUGGUUUGGACCAGUUUGAGAGAUACUCGGAGCAGCCCAAAGAGGCUGCCUUCUUUAAGGAGCUGGUGCGCUCCAUCAGUCUGAAUGUGAGGAAGAAUGUCUCUCUGAACACACUGAGUCAGGACAUCCUGCUAAAGGAGUUUUCCACCAUCUCCUGAGACUCGCACACACACACAUUCAUCGUCCCCCUCCCGUCAGAUGGACACACACAGUACAUUAGUGGGCAUUUGGACAUGUACACAUACUUAACAUACAAUACAAAUGCCAACACCAAGUGCAAUCCUUGCUUGUUCUUUCCCCGAUACGUCUUGAUUCCUCAUCGUCUUGAACUGAACGAUGAGAUGAAACUGAGACGGACACACUGACUAAGCAAAGACCUGUAAACUCUCCGGACUUCCUCCCUUUGUGGUCAUUCAUAUAUGUGUUUGAUAAUUCAAGGAAGUGCCCGUAUUGCACUGGUUCCUCGUGUGCAACCUGCAGUAUUGUAUUUCUUUUUUCUUUUUUUUGUAUUUUUAACCCAGAUGUUCAUCUCCACCGAUUAUGUUGUAAGUAGCUUUGGUUGUCAAACUGAUCACAGGUAUAUCAUUUGUCUCCAGUAAUUAUUUCAGAAGCUUUAAGUGACACAUGUCCUUAUCUAACAGCACUGGUAAUGGGAACUGAGCCUUUUUUAGUUUGACUCUUACUGAAAAUCCUCUUUAAAUGGAGCAUUUACUCUUUCUUAGUAGCUGAAUGCUUGUGCGAAUGGUAACUUAAUUCUUGUAAUGUUCAAAACAAAUGUACAAGUAUUUUGUAUUUACAUGUUUGCCAAGGGGUAGAAUAUUUUGAGCUGUAGUUAAGUUGAGAAUGUAGGGAAGUUGAGAAUGCCCCCUUUAUUGGUGUUGCAAACUUUUGCUUUUGAACAAAGCCAUGACUAACAUUCACUACUGCACGUCACACAAGUCAUUGUCUUGGAUAGUUUAAAUGAAUCUGAAUGUGUUGAGUGGUUAGUUUAGAAGGAAAACCGAUCAAACGAUAGUUACAUGUUAUGAUCCAUUAAAGUGAUUAUUUCUGAUGUGUCUCUGGCACUUAAAGUCACUUUAGUGGGGAAAACAGGAACUCAUCCUGGCUUGUUCUCAAACUAAAAAUAAUGAAACUAUUUUUUGACUGGAAGCAGAUCUUAAUUAUGCAAUUUCUUCAACAGUAGGGUCUUGUUUCUUUCAUCUCUAACUCUUGAAGGUAUAUUUAUGUUUCUAUUUUAAAUAAAGGUUGCUUUCCUAUUACU